UUGGACUCAUUCGGCAAUUGCCACGUUAUUUUAAAAGUGGGUACCCCGCUCCUGACCAAUUAUUGAAUCAGGCGCUCUGUAGCCCACUUUGCUUCCUCCCCUUCUCCUGCUGCUGCUGCUGGUUGCUUGUUGCCCUGGUUGGAAGCUGAACUGCAGCUACAAGAGGAUCGUGACGAGGCCGGGCUGCGCGCCUGCUAGAUACACUGAGCAUGAAGAUGGCAGCGGAGGAGCCACAAGCCAAGAAGCCCAAGCUGGAACAAAACCAACUUAGAGAAAAUGUGCUUUUUGGAAUGGGAAAUCCUCUUCUUGAUAUCUGUGCGGUAGUGGACAAGGACUUCCUUGACAAGUAUGGGCUGAAGCCAAAUGACCAAAUCUUGGCAGAGGACAAACAUAAAGAAAUGUUUGAAGAACUUGUGAAAAAGUUCAACGUAGAAUAUCAUGCUGGUGGCUCUACUCAAAAUUCUGUUAAAGUGGCCCAGUGGAUGAUCGAGAGCCCUUACAAGGCAGCAACUUUCUUUGGGUGCAUUGGAACAGACAAAUUUGGUGCGAUCCUGAAGAAGAAAACUGAGGAAGCUCACGUGGAUGCUCAUUACUAUGAGCAGAGUGACGAGCCAACAGGAACUUGUGCUGCCUGCAUCACUGGUGACAACAGGUCUCUUGUAGCUCACCUUGCUGCUGCCAAUUGUUACAAUAAGGAAAAACAUCUUGAUCUGGAGAAGAACUGGAAACUGGUGGAAAAGGCCAAAGUUUAUUACAUAGCAGGAUUUUUUCUUACAGUUUCACCAGAAGCAGUAUUAAAGGUGGCCAGUCAUUCUUCUGCAGACAACAAGAUCUUCACUUUGAAUCUUUCUGCACCAUUCAUUAGCCAGUUCUAUAAGGAGCCACUGAUGAAAGUCAUGCCUUACGUUGACAUCCUUUUCGGAAAUGAGAUGGAAGCUGCCACUUUUGCCAGAGAGCAAGGCUUUGAGACGGAAGAUAUUAAAGAGAUAGCCCAGAAGACACAAGCCCUGCCAAAGGUGAACCCUAACAGGCAACGAAUUGUAGUCUUCACCCAAGGGAAAGAGGACACUAUAAUGGCUACAGAAAAUGAAGUGACUGCUUUCCCAGUCUUAGACAGUGACCAGAGUGAAAUCAUUGAUACCAAUGGAGCUGGUGAUGCAUUUGUUGGAGGCUUUCUCUCUCAGCUUGUCUAUGACCGACCGCUGACAGAGUGCAUCCGAGCCGGACAUUAUGCUGCCAGCGUGAUCAUAAAGCGUUCUGGUUGUACUUUCCCAGAAAAGCCUGACUUCCACUGAUACCAAUGAAUCGGAGGGAUCAAGAGAAACUCUUAUGUUUAUGGGAUUGCUGCCUAAAUAUUUCCUACUUUCCCUUCCUCACCCUCCCAAUUACCUGCAUCAAGGCUUCUGUACUUCUGUUCACUUUACGCUAUACAAAACAUAUAUUGCUAUGGUAUUUUCCUAUUCAUAUCACCAUAAUGUCUCACUAGUCUUAAUUUAGGGAUUAUAGUGCUAUGUGAAGCUUAUUCUCUCAUCAACGUGGAAAAGUUGUAUUAUUUACACAGGUUAUAAGAGAAGUUUCAUGUAGAUGCCACAGCUGAUUAACUCUGUUAAAACACUUCUACAGAAACCUCUAGUUUGUGUUUCACCAUGGCCAAAUCCUGCUCAUCUUAUUCAUGUGCAAAAUCAGCAGGUCUGACAUUCAUCUCACAAUGGUGUAAAUCAAUAAUAACUCUUCCUAAAUCAAUUGUGAUUGUCUAGUGUUAAAAGUAGUGUAAGUUUGAAGAGAAUCAGGCCCAACAUGCAAGAUCUGGCCCGGAGAGCUCAGUCCUGCUCCCACUUAAGUUAAUAGAUGUUUUUCCAGUAAUUCAAAGGCCUCAUCCAAAGUCCAUUUUUAAGUCCAUUAUUAAGAGUCUUUCCAUUGAUGUCUGUGGGUUUGGAUCACGCAAUAUUUUCGAGCAGGAUCUGACCCUUAAUUUGUAAAUUCCUGUGCAUCUAUCAGACUGGCCAUGGCCAGUAAGACAGGCACUCUCAGUGCUUUCGAGGCAGAGACAUGAUCUCAUGAUAGGAGCUAGCUGUACAUUUUAUAUCUGUCUCCUCAGUAUAAGCUUUUUAAAGGCUGUAUUUAAUUAAGAUACAAACACAUAGUGAAAAUGAGGUACAGAAAUAUUUAUGCAGGCUGUCUUGUCAAGAUAUGCCAAAUGGAAUCUCUUAAACGCACACUUUUAAACUUGUAAUUUACUUUGGAUAAUUAAACAAUAUGCUGGAUUUUAUUUGUAUUACAGUAUUCAAAAGAGACUGUCUGACACUUGCCUUCAUUACUUUGCUAUGUAAUUUGAUACUGAUGAAUAAAAAAUUGUCAUAUAGUAA